AUGGAAAAGAGGGGAGGAAAGAAGGAGGAGGAGGGUGCAAAAAGCCUUUGCCUUGUUGUUGAGCGUGUCAAGCAUUUAAGACCACACAAGUCAAAAGGAGAGAGGCUCCAUCCUCAGGGACACCUUCUUCAAAGCAUCACCUGCUUCAUCACUUCUUCCAAAGGACUACAAAGACCCAGGACACCUUUAAGGGAUCCUUCCAGCCCAUACUCAACUUCUGAGGGAGAGCAAGAGUACCAGAGAGAGACAAUCAAAGGAAAUAACAGGAUUUUAAAAGAAAAUGACAUUUUGCAAAGUGUGUACCUCGCCUUCCGCCCACGUGCAGCUGACAUCGGCUCCAGCACCCAUUGCAACCCCGAACUGGUCAAGGAGGUGACCCCAGGAUACAGAUACGGGAGGCUAGGGAGGCUAGGAAACAAACACAAAGAGGUGAGGGAUUACAGGACUAGGGAGAGACAACGUACCAGGACUGACGAGGUGAAGCAGGCGCAUGCACCCACGGUCCAUCAAAGCCACCGCGCCUUCCUAUUGGCUGUUGCCAUGGCAACGGCUGUGCGUUGGUGCCACGGCCUGGCCAGCGAGAGGAGCUCCAUCGAGCGCACGUACGAGCUGACCAAGUAUCUGGAGUACCAGCUGAAGGAGAUCAAAGACGUCUAUUUGACGUAUCUGGGCGCCCCGUUCAACGAGAAAGACUUCUCCCCUCCGAGACCCAACAGCAGCGCUCUCUCCCUGCCCAGCGCCGCCACUCGCCUGGAACUGUGGCACGGCCUGGAGAACCAAGCCCGGCUGGCCCAGAACCAGAAGGCCUACUCGGUCCUGCUGGCGGCGGUGAGGGAGCUGGCUCGCUCCACCCUCUGCCCCUCCCUCAGGACCUCCCUGCUGCACUUCUGCAUCGGCCUGGACGGCCUUCUGGGCUCCAUAUCGGCGCUGAUGACCACCCUGGGCUACGCCCUCCCUCCAUCGUUAAACCCCGCCGACCAGUACCCUCAGAGCGGGUUGGAGGGAGACCACCCGGCCCCGCUGGUCAGCAGGAGCUCGUCCAGGACCAGGACCAGGACCAGGACGGAUGCGAGGGAGGACGCGAAGAGAAGGAAGGGGGCCGCAGCUGGUGGAAGGAGCGGCGGGUCCGGGGAGAAGAGGAGGAGAGGGAGGCGGGAUGAACCGGAGACUUGGAUGGAGGAAGAGGAAGCAGGAGGCGGGAGGAGGCGCCUGCUGAGCAUCAGCGAGGAUGAAGAAGAAGGCUACACUUACUACAUGGACACGCUCAGAGAGGAGGACGGUGGGAGCAUUUUGUCCCACCUUCAUCACCGACCUCCUCGCUCCCUCCUUUUCACGCCCACACUGCAGCCGCCGCCAUUCGCCCUCGCCCUCCUCCACCAGGAGGACCGCGCCCUGCCGCCGUCCGCGGUCUCCUCCUCCUCCACCUCCGUGCUCCUCGCCGUGCGGCCCGCCAUGAACGACUUUGCCCGCAAGGUGGAGGGCUUCUGGGUGCUGCGCGAGCUGCAGAGCUGGCUGUGGAGGUCGGCCAAGGACUUCAACCGCCUAAAGAGGAGGCUCCGAGGCUGA